ACCAACCUUUGUGCUAAUUUGAAGCCGGCUGUGGUGGGACAAUUUAUUACAGUUGAAUUUAUUGUUGAACUCGACCUGCGUAUUGACAAACCACUUGAAAUAUUGCAACCUGCAGAAUCGGCCGGUCUGUGUUUUUUUUCAUAUGAGAAAAGAUCUGAGGUCAGUAACUGUUUCUCUUCCUCAUAAACGUCUUUCCUCCAUUGUGAAAUCUUUGCUGCUGUCACCAUGCCUCACGAUAUCAAAUCUGCACAACGAGCACCGGCUCGCCUACCCCUACCCAGUAAGGGUGGCCUGUAUCCCAUUAUCAAUCGCAACAAAGAUGUCAUCAAAGCCAAGAGUGAGGUUUUUCAGUGCCUGAAGAAGGAGUGCCUGAGGAAGGGCGUCCUCUUUGAAGAUCCGGAAUUCCCUGCAGAUGAAUCCUCUCUAUUUUACAGCCAGUUUUUACCUUUCAAGCUGGAGUGGAAAAGACCCCCUGAAAUCUGUGAGAAUCCAAGGUUCAUCGUCGGUGGAGCCUCGAGGACUGACAUCUGUCAAGGAGAUUUGGGUGACUGCUGGUUCCUGGCUGCCAUUGCUUGUCUGACUCUCAAUGAGAAACUGUUGUACCGCGUCAUCCCGAAGGAUCAGUACUUUACUGAGAACUAUGCUGGGAUCUUCCAUUUCCAGUUCUGGCGUUUCGGUGAGUGGGUGGAUGUUGUCAUUGAUGAUCGAAUCCCUACAUUCAACAACCAUCUGGUAUUCACCAAAUCAGCUGAGCGCAACGAGUUCUGGAGUGCCUUACUGGAGAAGGCCUAUGCCAAGCUGCAUGGAUCCUACGAGGCUCUGAAAGGUGGAAACACAACCGAAGCAAUGGAGGAUUUCACCGGCGGAGUCACUGAGUUCUUUGAGAUGAAGGGAGCCCCCAAAGAUAUGUACAAGAUAAUGAAAAAGGCGACAGAAAGAGGGUCUCUCAUGGCGUGCUCCAUUGAUUCCUUCGUACCCCUGCAGUUCGAGACGCGGAUGCCCAACGGCCUGGUCAAGGGUCACGCCUACUCAGUAACCGGUGUGGACGAGGUCACUCACAGAAAUCAGAAAGUGAAGUUGGUGCGUUUGAGGAACCCAUGGGGAUCGAUUGAGUGGAAUGGGCCCUGGAGUGAUAAGGCCCGGGAGUGGUCUGAGAUUGAGAAAUUGCAAAAGCUACGGCUACACCAUCAGAUGAAAGAUGAUGGAGAGUUUUGGAUGGCUUUUGACGAUUUCAAAAGGUACUACACAAAGCUGGAGAUCUGCAACUUGACGCCAGAUGCACUGGACGAUGACAAGCUCCACAAGUGGACAGUGUCCAUCAAUGAGGGGCGCUGGGUCAGGGGCUGUUCGGCUGGAGGCUGCCGAAACUAUCCGGACACCUUCUGGACCAACCCACAGUACCGGCUGAAGCUGUUUGAAGAGGAUGAUGAUCCUGAUGAUAAUGAGGUCCUCUGUACGUUUCUCGUUGCUCUGAUGCAAAAGAACCGUCGUAAGGAACGCAAAAUUGGCGUCAAUUUUCAUACCAUUGGUUUUGCUAUUUAUGAGGUUCCAAAGGAGAUGCAUGGCAAUAAGCAGCACCUCCCCAAAGAUUUCUUCCUCUACCACGCCUCCAAAUGCAGAUCAAAGUCGUACAUUAACCUGAGGGAGAUAUCAGAGCGCUUCAGACUUCCCCCAGGCGAAUAUGUGAUCAUUCCUUCCACUUAUGAACCACAUCAAGAGGGCGAGUUUGUUCUGAGGGUCUUCUCGGAGAAACAGAACCUGUCAGAGGAAAUUGAGAACCAGAUCAGAACUGACAAUCCUAAGUCUUUGCCAGUGAUAUCCAACAAGGAGAGUGAGGAGGAUCUACAGUUCCACCGUAUCUUCAGACAGAUUGCUGGGGAAGACAUGCAGAUCUCGGCAGCUGAACUGAAGAGCAUCCUUAACCGUGUUGUUAAAAAACACAAUAUGAAAACUGAAGGGUUUGCUUUGGAGUCUUGUCGCAGUAUGGUUGCCCUCAUGGAUACAGAUGGAUCUGGAAAGCUGAAUCUGGCUGAGUUUAAACAUCUAUGGAACAAGAUUAAGCAAUGGCAGGCAAUUUUUCAGGAAUAUGACAAGGAUAAUUCAGGACUGAUUGACAGCUAUGAACUGCGGAGUGCUGUGAAUGAUGCAGGCUUCCGCCUCAACAGCCAUCUGUAUGAGCUCAUCUCCAUGCGCUACACUGAUCUAAAUAUGAAUGUGGACUUCGACAGCUUCAUCUGUUGCAUUUUGAGAUUGGAGGGCAUGUUCAGAGCUUUCCAUGCAUUUGAUAAAGAUGGAGAUGGAAUUAUUAAACUGAAUGUCCUAGAGUGGCUGCAGCUCACCAUAUAUGCUUAAGGCUCUCCAGAUCCAUGGGCCUGGCUAUUACCUCAACUCAACGUGCAAACCUCAAUAGCACAAUACAACAAGCCAAGCUCUUCUAUGUUCAAGGCGAUCAGGCGAAACACUGUUGGCAGUAUGGAACUGCCAGAUCAGCUCUUAUUACACUUUGUUUGCGUGUGUGUGUGUGUUUUUCUGUGUGGGUGGAACUGGGAGUGCCUGAAACCAAUUUAAAAUUAUAUUGUCUUUAUUGAUCUUGUAAGAGUUUUCCAAUAAACCCACUAUUCUCUCCUCUCCUGGCCAGUGGGAGGGUACACUUGAUAUUGAGUAAAAGGUCCCCGAUUCACUGUUUGGUUUGCAAUGAGUAAAUGGAUCUCAUAGCUCAUCGAGUCACUAGAGUUGGCCUCAGCAACCCAGGUUCAAGGAGGGAAGUUAUCAGUCAUAGCUUUCUUUAAUCUAUGGAUCCUUCUGGAGUAGGCCACAUUUAGAAAAUAAUGCAGGCUUAUGGUUAAUGUUUCUGCUAUGUCAUUCAUUAUUGUAAUUGCUAUGGUGACAAUUUAAGUGAUUAGACAUUUUAGCAUUUGAAACAUACCCCUAUAUUGUCACUGCAGCCAUCAUUAUAGAAUGUUACUAGUUACAGGACUUCCCAGGCAACCAAUGUUGACAGAUGCCCGUAAGUCGAUUUGUCUGUAAAUUGGAAAAUAUGCAAAAGUCACUCAAAGUGACAACUAUACCAUCAUAGUAUUGUAAUAAACAGCAUCAAAAGCACCCAGGUCUGAUAAGAAAAAAUCAAUUACUAGAAGUUGGUAGAAAGAAGAAACUGAUUCUGGCAUUCAUAGGAACGAACAUAUGUACAUGUGUUGGGCUUUUGAAUUUAACAAUAUUGUGGGAGCUUGUUUGUAUGUAGGGAUGUCUAUCAUUCAGGCAUUUGUAACCCAUAAUUGGUCUGUAUAAGAAUUUAUUCCCAGGGUUUGAUAAGUAGCUCUUAUACUGUCUUUAAAUUCCAAAAUACAUUAUUUCUGUGUUAUUUAAUGGUGGUUUGUUUCCUUGAGUUCUGUUUAUUCAUAUAAGUGCUUGAUGUAACACAUGCAUUUCAGAAACUUCUUAGACCACUGAGAAUUUGUAUUAAAAUGCCGUGAUGUAAUGUUGAGUAAUGACCAGGUGAAGCUGAUAGUGUUCCCCUGUUCCUUCCCUCCUCAAGCACUGAUCAAGACUUGACUUGCUCAAGCCAAGCAGUGGGUGUCAAGCCAUUUAACAUGUGAAGUUUACUUGGGGGAGGCAUCCCCUAAAUCAAAUGCCAGCUUCCCUGAUAAUCUUUGGAGAGGGACUGGGCAAUAAUUUCCACCCCACCACUUCCUUUGUCCCAGGGAUGUUACUGUGCUAUCCGGCCCAGUACGGACAAGAAGUUAUGUAAAAAUCCUCUGCCAGACUGGUUCAAGAAGGAGAUAGGCUUCAAGAAGGAAUUGGAAAUAAUCCAUGGAACCUGAAAUUUACAAGCAAAGCAAAGUAAAUUAUAACAUUUAGAAGCAUCUGAAUGAAUGCUUGAAUCGACAAGGCACUGAAGACUACUGACCAUGUUCUAGUAAAUGGUAUCAGUAUAGAUAGGUCUUUAAUGGUUGGCAUAGAUGUGGUGGGCUGAAGAGCUUGUUUCUGUGCCUUAUAACUCUAUUGGUUGAUGCAAGUGGUUGCCCUCCACCUGGGCAGAUAAUAUAAAUCACAUUCAAAUUCUUACUCAUCACUUACCAAUUGAAAUUGAUCUUAAAUACAAACUAGAAGUUAUUGCACACAAUUGCUUUCAGGCCCUAAGGGUCAUCGAAGGCACUGCAGUGUAACUCGAGUGCAAGCUGCUGGACCAUCUGUUGAGUAAAACUGUACAGCUCUAAUGCUGCACCUAGGACUUUAUUAGUGAGGGCUGCAAUUUUUUUUCUCUCUGGUAACUAUACUAUGGACUAAGUGUGAGUUUGCUGGCAACAGAUUAUGACAGGGAAAUUCAUCUUCCCUGGUUCAGGGAGACUGAGAUUGAUUGUGGAGAUGCAACUGCAA